GCAUCCUUUUAUCCUAAGGCUGGGGAAGGAGAAGACCCACAGCGGGGAGCUGUGGAGGCACGGUUUGGCUGCCCGCUUCUCCCAAGGCGAAAGAGAGGGGGGUUGGGGCCCCGGUUCGGUCCGGGGGAGAUGGCGCAGCCCAUCCUGGGCGAUGGGAGCCUACAGCCCGCCUCAGCCGCUGGCCUGGCAUCCCUGGAGCUCCACUCGUCCCUAGACCAGUAUGUGCAGAUUCGCAUCUUCAAAAUCAUCGUGAUUGGGGACUCCAACGUGGGGAAGACCUGCCUGACCUUUCGCUUUUGCGGAGGUUCCUUCCCAGACAAGACUGAAGCCACCAUCGGCGUGGACUUCAGGGAGAAGACCGUGGAAAUCGAGGGCGAGAAGAUCAAGGUUCAGGUGUGGGACACAGCAGGUCAGGAACGCUUCCGCAAAAGCAUGGUCGAGCAUUACUACCGCAAUGUGCAUGCUGUGGUCUUUGUCUAUGACGUCACCAAGAUGACAUCCUUUACCAACCUCAAAAUGUGGAUUCAAGAAUGCAAUGGGCAUGCUGUGCCUCCACUAGUUCCGAAAGUGCUUGUGGGCAACAAGUGUGACUUGAGGGAACAGAUCCAGGUGCCCUCCAACUUAGCCCUGAAAUUUGCUGAUGCCCACAACAUGCUCUUGUUUGAAACAUCAGCCAAGGACCCCAAAGAGAGCCAGAAUGUGGAGUCAAUUUUCAUGUGCCUGGCUUGCCGAUUGAAGACCCAGAAAUCCCUGUUGUACCGUGAUACUGAGAGGCAGCAGGGGAAGGUGCAGAAACUGGAGUUCCCACAGGAAGCUAACAGUAAAGCUUCCUGUCCUUGUUGAAACCAAAUGGUGUAAAUACAAGAUAAAUUAUCGCUGGAGUUUUUUCUUUCCCUAUUUUCCGUGCCUGCAUAACCUGCUCGUUUCUGUACAAAUUGAUAUCAAAAUAAAAUUUGUAUAGAUUA